UGCGCACUGUGCAUAGCAACUCUUUGGGCAACAUAAUCAGCGGAGGAUCGUCGAUGCGCAUUUUGGGGACGAAAGAGGUAAGAAGGAGAAAAACAUCCACAUGUACAACUGUAGACGGUUUCGACGCCGAGGAAAAUCCGGUCAUAUUUACCGGAGGUCACCUGUUCGACCUCUCGGUGCGGACGUUCCACCGUUUGGAUCCCGUUAAACCGCAUCUGCAGCCGGAGACGCACCGAUCCUACAAAUCACCGGCGGCUGUCAUUAACCGACACAUAUCGGGGGAGGAACUCUCCGUUAUCCGUCCCGGUGGAGCACGGACAACGGGAUAACGAAGCCGGGGCCCUCCGAUAAGUCACCCCAAACAGACUCGCAGGAAUCAUGGGGAGUGUGUUCCUGCCGGCGGACGCAGCCCACUCGGUGCUGCGACGGCUGCGCAGGGCCAACUUCCUGCUGGAGGAGAUGAAGCAGGGCAACAUCCAGAGGGAGUGUCGGGAGGAGGUGUGCACCUAUGAGGAGGCCAGGGAGGCUUUCGAGAACGAGGAGAAGACGAAGCGGUUCUGGGAUGAGUACGUUCGGGAAAGCAGCCCGUCCGGAGGUCUGGAGACAGUGGUCGGAGGGAUCCACUCCCUCUACCUGAUCGUACCGCUGCUGCUGGUCUUGCUCAUCAUUGCCGCCAUCGCCAUCACCGUGUGGCGAUGUCACUCCCGCAAGCGUUCGGAGCGCAGCCCCAGCCUGGGACACUCGCACCACAACCACGUCCUGUCAGUGGUCUCCAUGGAUCAGUGGGGGCGGGAAUACCACCACGGUGACCAAUCAGAACUCAGCGUCCACAGUAGCCCAGCUUACCCAGGCUCAGAGCUGACGUCGGGGAGAGGAGGUGCCGGAGACCCGCCGCCGUCUUACGAAGAGGCUGUCGGCCACACGGACGUCCAGAUAGAGACGGAGCCUCCGCCACAAUACGACGAUAUUGUCAACACCAGCUCCACCAGCGGCCGAGGGAAGUAACCAUGUGUCUAACCACCACCCAACAGAAGUCCUAACCACACUAAGACCAUCACCAGCCUUCCCCGUCACACACACACAACACAAACACUAUUAACUGCCGGGUCCGUGGACUAAUGCAAUCAUUGCUGGAGCCAGCGCUGUUGAAAUUUGCACUAACCUUUUAUCACUGCGGCGGAGUGAUAGCAGGAAGGAGCAAGUGAUAUUGCAAUACCAAAACCAAUCAACACCUCUGCUGCAUCUCCUCAUCUAUGCUGUUCACUCUGUAGCAGAUCAUGUAAGUCAGCGAAGCCUAACAAAUGUUGCAUGUGGAGCGAAGGAAAACCAGUUCUCAUUGUCAUAAUGAAAAACAACUAUUCUAAGUGUAUACUGGGGUCAGACCGACGCCUCACUGAAGAUUAGUGCCAAGUUUUUUAGACUUAUGAGAGCAACAUCGGAUGUUUUGUACCUGUUUUUUAAAUAUCUUUGACCACUUUGUUGUCAAAACAUAGUAUUUAUGGUUUGCCUUUUAAAGUUUGUACAUCUGAAAGCUUGUGAUAUUCAGAAACAGCAGGUGGACCACAACAAGAACGUCCAUACUAAGUAAAGCUGCAUUAAGGCAUUUUUGACCAACCAAAUCAGAAUCAAUUUUAACAAGAAGAGCACUCAGAAAGUGCGGUGCUUUGCCAAGACUGCUCAGUCGUAGUAUCAUUUCCGAUGGAUGAAAUCUUGAAAAAACUUUGACAGAAAUCAUAGCACCAUAGAAUGUGGCCAUUUAAUAUGGAUAUACCCACAAACAAAAUGACUUUGCGCUGUGCACAGGCGUGUGUUGUGCAUGUGUACGUUAUGUAUGGAUAUCGAAUCACAUGACCUAAAUAUGUAGCAGGCAGCAGGAACUGAUGCGACUCAGAAACACCCCCACAAUUAAUUCAAUUGUUUCUUGUAUCAUUUCCGACGGAUAAGUCCUGAUAAAUCCACAGUGGUGGAUUUGUAGUAGGAUCACAAUCAUGUGAUCAUCAGCAGGCAGCUGAUGUAGUGUUCACUUGUUGCCGUAGUUACAGUGACACUGUGCUGCUGUCUGGCAUUGAUGCAGAAAUCUUUAACAAAUCCAUGGAUCGAGACUAUAAGCCGCAUCACUGUCAAAAUCUAAUCAAUUGGUCCUUGCAUCACUUUUGAUCUUCCCUGAAAUUUUCAUCCAAAUCCGUUAGUCCAUUUUUAAGUAAUGCUACUAACAGACAGAAGGACAAAUGUAUGCCGGAGUAAAUAUCCAUCCAUCCAUCCUCUAUACACCGCUUUAUCCUCAUUAGGGUCGCGGGGGGUGCUGGAGCCUAUCCCAGCUGACUUGAGCGAAGGCAGGGGACACCCUGGACAGGUCGCCGGUCUGUCACAGGGCUACAUAUACAGACAGACAAGCACACUCACAUUCACACCUACGGGCAAUUUAGAGUCAUCAAUUAACCUCAGCAUAUUUUUGGACUGUGGGAGGAAGCCGGAGUACCCGGAGAAAACCCACGCAUGCACAGGGAGAACAUGCAAACUCCAUGCAGAAAGAUCCCAGGCCCAACCCGGGAUUCAAACCGGGAUCUUCUUGCUGCAAGGCGAAAGUGCUAACCACUACGCCGCUGUGCAGCCCCCGGAGUAAAUAUCUAAUCACAUAUUCAGAAACAGAGCAACACAAGUUUCAAAACAGUCUAAUUUCAAUGUUUACUCAUUGACUUUGGUUAAAUUGAUCCGUUUAUGGAGAAAAUUAGUCUUUCGUUGCCACCUGUUGACUUCAGGUAGCAUGUACCUGGUUUAUCUGAGUGUAUUUACUAAUAACUGUCAAAACAUUGCCCACAUUUUGCAUGAGAGUUAAAGGAAGCAUCAAGACCACACAGUCAGGAAGAAAAAAUCCACAGAGCUGGGUGAUAAUUCACAAUUUAAUUCACUUUUUGUUGUCAUAAAUAUGCCUUAAUGCAGGUUUAAAUAGUUACGUUGCCAAACUAAUGCAUCGGUCUGACGACGGUAUACACUUGUAAGUGUUCUUGGGGACUAAGAUUUAAGAUAAGGCCACGGUUACAAAGGGGGCGCUGUUUUGUAAAUGCGUGUCAUAUGUGCUUGUAUCUUGGUAAUGCAUGCAGCUCGGCCCGGACACGAGGAGAGAUCCGUCUCUGCACUGUUUGUGGACGGUGGGGGGCCGACAGUUGCUCAGAACCUGCUUUAACUGUGAAACACCCUCCUUUCCUUUUCCCAUGAAGCCAGAGUGUCUUCUGGAGGCUUCUGCUGUGCCACUUUUCACGGGAAUGUGGGGCAGAAAGCAGCAGAAACAGGAGCUUUUGGGAAAAGAGAUACCGGGGGAAGAUUAUGUAUUUAACGUCACCAUGGAUGAAGUCCAUGUUUAGCAUGUAUAAUGCACCUCUAUAUAAAUAUGUAUAGUCUGUAUGUGUGAAAGUUACGGUGAGAUUGUUCUUUUCUAUUGCAUAGGAAUGCAGUGAAUGCAUUGGUAAUAAUGUAACUACUAUAGUAAGUGGUGAAUAAUGAAGGCACUUUGUGUUUAACCUUAAAAUAAGGUGUUUAAAGCCUUGAAGGGGACCUGCCAUGCUCAUUUACAUUUUUAUUUUGAGUUGUUUGCAUGAUUGACACUGCAAAAAACCCUAAUUUACCCCUCAGAUUUUCUGAAAUAAGAUGUUUUUAGCUCCUGUCUCUUUAAAGCCUCAACAUGUCUUCUGAUUGGCUUGAUUCUGGAAGCCUGCUGAGUGACAGCAGCCUGUGCUUUUAAAUUAGGUGUGAAGAAGACAAUGGUUUAUUUCAUAUUUAGAUCAGUUUAAAGCUGAGAUUUUGGCUCACAGGGGUUACUUUUACAUCAUUAUUUGAAAUUUUGGCGAGUUACUGUUUUAUUUGCAGUGAUUUGCAUAAUUCACAGCACAAAGAAAUCCUAACAUCUGAUAUUUUCCACACGUGCAGCUGCUCAGAUUUUCUGAAAUGAGAUAUCUUCUGAUUGGCCGGAUUCUGGAAGCCUGCUCAGAGCUUUUAAACUGGAUGUGAAGAAAAUCAUGGUUUAUUUCAUAUUCAGAGCAGUUUGAAGCUGAGAUUUUGGCUCACAGGGGUUAGCUUUACGCCAUUAUUUGAAAUUUUGACCACUUUUAAUAUAAACAUCUGCCAAAUUUUAACAUAGCAUCUUGAUAUAUACGACAGAAAUUCAUUAAAUGCAUAGCAGGUCCCCUUUAACCAAAUGUAGGAUGGUCUGGUUUGACGUCUUCAGUAGUAACGAUGUCGCUGUAAUCAUCAGAGGAAAAAAGUGCUCAUAAACUAUAUGCAAUGUUGCUGCAUACACUCUAAAACCAAAUAUCUCUAAUUUCCACUGACGCUGACAAAUGUCACACGUUUCCCGUCUACACCUCACAGACGUCGAGCACUGAUUAUUAUUAUUAUAUUGUACUUUUUUGUGAGUUGACCUGUGAACCUCGGCACUUGCUAGUUGUGCUGGUAGAGGUAGCCAUUUUUGAUUAGGUCAGGUGUCAUACUGUUACUUGCAGAGCCCUGUUUUUACAAUGCCUUAUCAAACAAAAUGUUAUAUAUAACAAUAAAAUGCAAGGGAACUUGUUAUAAAUCCUCGACUUGUGCAAAAGCUUGAAUUAAUUUGUAAUAAAAACACUUAAAACGUGA